AUGGACACCGAACCCGAACGAGGAUCUGCUGAGCAGCAACUCCGUGAACUUCAGCAGGCGCUUCCACCACUGCCUGCACCGACAGAUCUGCAUGAUAAGAUCAUUCGAUAUUGUCACGAUUUUCAUGAUUGUUUGCAAGCUGUUGUCACCCUUGAAAAGCGCUUAAGAGCACUACGACUUUCUCGAGAACCACUACCCUCCAGGCGGCACGAAGCACAAUACCUGGAAUUGCACGCGGAUCACCUGCGACUACGGUUCCUCUACGUUCGGACUCAGUUACGCACCCUAUACACCUUGCCACCAAUUCUAAUAGCAAUGCACCAAAUGAAGGAAAGCGAAUGGAGAAGCUUGAUCCGUGCACCACAUGAGACUAUCGACGGUAAGACCUUACUGGUCAAGCUGAACGACAUCGAGCAGGUGGCAGCCGACCAACUAAGCAAUAUCGCAGGGAUAAACUCUUCGCUGCAAGAGCUGCAGAGAGAUUUCCAGUGCGAUGAGCAGGACGAGAAAGCCCGUUUUGAGCAAGAAAUAUGCACUGGCAUAAAACGUAUACAGGAGGCCAUUGACGAAUUGCCGGAGCACAUCUACAAAAGAAUGCGCCAGCAUCCAGAAGCUACUGUGGCGGCGGAGGGCCUCGUCGGCGAAAAGAUCAGGGAAGAGCAGAUCAUUGAGCAGAACGCCGAGUAUGCAGAAGGAGUGCACCAGGGCGACGAAGAGGAUCCCAAUGCACCUGAUGAUGCGGAAUCGAUGGAGGAGUCCAUUCCAGAACUCGUCGAAGAUGAAGAAUUUGACGACGAGGAGGACCUUCAAGAGGAGGUCAAUGCACCUGAAAAUGACCAAAGAGAUGAGGGGGAUGCGCAAGAGGGCGAUCCGAGAGACCUCGGAGAUGCGCCUCAGAAUGACCCUCAAAAUGAGCAACGUGCACCUGAGGGAGAAGCUGAAGGUGACCCACCCCACGUAAUACACCUGCGCCGGAUCGAGUGGGAAGUGCGGAGCGCCAGACAAGUUAUGAUAGAUCUAGAUGACAUCGUGGCGGACCUCUAUAAAGAACAGACAUGUCCUUCGAGGAAAUCUCGAAAUGGAAAGAUCACGAAACGGGAAGAGAGGUUCAUGCCCUGCACAUUCUGCGGCGUCAUGGGAGUGCACUAUUCUGACUCAUGUCCCGUAGUCACUUCAAUAGAUGAUCGCAAGAGCAUCGUGUCCAGAGAUCACAGAUGCGAACGUUGUCUUGAAAAUGACUGUCCUCAAACUGAAGCAUGCACCAAGUACACUCAGAGAUGUUUCUACUGCACCCAAACCGGUCAUCACUCGGCCCUUUGCAAACUUCCCGACCGUAGCGAUGAAGUUCGCAGCAGGAUUCGAGCAGCAACUCGCGCCAGAUGGGAGGCUCGGGAGAGGAUGGAAUACUGGCAAGACCAGCUCAGACGCUUCUGGGAAGAGAGGUGA